AUGUAUGAGUGUGUUUCAAAGGCCAACAAGCUAAUUAGUGAGUACAAAAAGCUUCCAGACACGGGGCCAAGACCUUUAACCCCAGAGAUGCAACAAUCACUUGAUAUGAUUGAUAAACCAGCUAAACGGGGCAAGAAAGGUGAUACUAGGAAGAAAUUUCAAGAAGGGACCUCUUCUAAACCUGUCAUACCAAAGAAGCGAAAGGGUUCCACUACAGACCCUUCGGCUCCUAAGAAUAGAAAGCUGAAAAAGAUGGCACACAAGACAAAAGCUCCAUCAUCUAGUGACAGUGACUACUUUCCUUCAGAUCAAGAUGUUGAAGUUGAACAAGAGCCGGAGCAAGAUAAGUCUAAUGAUUCGGUUCGAGAAGUCUCUCCAGAGGUAAUCCCUACUAACACUAUUUCAUCUCCACCUCCUUCUCCUCAUCACACUACCAUUCCCAUUUCAAUCGCUCCAUGCCCUCCUCCAACUUCCGCUCAAAUUCCUUCUUCUAUACCUCUACCACCACCAUUAUUCACCGAAGCAACCACCACUACUACUUCUAUUGUACCUACACCUCCUGUCAACGCAUCUGAUGUGGGGGCACAAACUUCAGUUGUUGAAAUCCCCAUUACCUCCACACCUUUGUCACCAAUCAACUCGGAGGAAUCAGAUACUAUUCUCGGUGGCACUGAUAUGGAUUUUUAUACGUUUCACUACAAUCCCUACACUGUUCAAAGUGAUGACGAUGAUGAUGCCCCUAUCACCAAGAGACAUCUCAAGGAGUGA